UCCUGACUAGUUAUCAUUUAAUUCACCAUGUUAACGAUCUGUUCUGAUACCAUACAUGAAAUACUGUUGAGCAAACAUACAACUAGUGUUAUAGACACGCAUGACAUGUCUUGAGAAAGCUCCGCCCACUGUGUGAAGCACGCAGUCAAGCAGGAAAUGCAGCUUAUUGUUUUUGUCUUCCUGAAAGGAGAAACAGAGACAGACGCUUCAUUCACAGGCAAAAUGUCGCUCAGAUCAGAAGAGGAUUUCUUAUGUCCUGUCUGCCAUGAAGUCUUCACAGACCCUGUUGUUCUGUCAUGCAGCCACAGCUUCUGCAAAGACUGCCUCCAAAAAUGGUGGAGUGGGAAGAAAACAUGCGAUUGUCCGUGCUGCAAGAGAAGAUCCUCAAAGAGUGAUCCCCCUCGUAAUUUGGCAUUAAAGAACCUGUGCGAGGCCUUUUUAGCGGAGAGAGGCGAGAGAGGCGAGAGAGGCCGAAGAGUUUCAGAAGGGUCCGAGUCACUCUGCAGUCUGCACUCUGAGAAAUUCAAAAUCUUCUGUCUGGACCACCAGCAGCCAAUAUGUGUGAUCUGUCGAGACUCGAAAAUGCAUAGCAACCACAGAUUCAGACCCAUCGAUGAGGCUGCACAGGAUCUUAAAGAGGAGCUCCAGAAAUCCCUGAAGCCCUUAAAGGAGAAACUGCAGGUCUUUGAAGAUGUUAAAGGAAGCUAUGAUCAAAUAGUGAAACACAUCAAAGUCCAAGCCCAAAGCACAGAGAGGGAGAUUAAGGAGCAGUUUAAGAAUCUUCACCAGUUUUUGCACGAUGAAGAGAAGGUGAGGAUUGCUAACCUGAAGGAGGAUGAGGUGCAGAAGUCUAAGAUAAUGAAGGAGAAGGUUGAGAGUCUGAGCAGAGAAAUAGCAGCUCUUUCUAGCACAAUCAGAGCCACAGAGAGGGAGCUCAAAGCUGAAGACAUCUCAUUCCUGCAAAACUACAAGGCUGCAGUUAAAAAAGCCCAGCAGCACCCCCUGCUGCAAGAUCCAGAGCUGGCUUCAGGAGUGCUCAUAGAUGUGGCCAAACACCUGGGCAACCUGACCUUCAACGUCUGGAACAAAAUGAAAGAGAAGGUCUUCUACAGUCCUGUGAUUCUUGAUCCAAACACUGCCGACCCAGAACUUGUUGUAUUCGAUAAUCUGAGCAGCGUGAAAUCAGGAGAGCGGAAACCACUUCCCAAAAACCCGGAGAGAACCAAGUUCUCCUGCUCUGUUCUCGGCUCUAAAGGCUUCAACUCAGGGACACAUCAGUGGGAUGUUGAUGUUGGAAACAACAAGGACUGGGAACUGGGCGUGUUGAGCGAGUACUCCCAGGUCAGUGGGCGUCUUCAGUCAGGACUGUGGAGAAUUUUGUUCUCUAAUGGUAAAUUCUCAGCAUUUUCAUCACCAGACACUGAGAAGGAUCUACCAGUGAAGAAGGAAGUGCGGAGGAUCAGAGUCCAUCUGGACUUUGACAGAGGAAAGUUGUCGUUCUCUGAUCUCGACACUAAUGCCCACAUGCACACCUUCACACACAGCUUCUCUGACACCCUGUUUCCUUACAUUUACACUGAGAAUCCUCAGCCAGUGAAGAUUUUACCAGUGAAGGUCACUGUGACAGUGGAAAAGAACACUUAGAGUGAUGCAUAUCAUCAUAAAGUUGGGAAAUAUGACAAAACUGUGAGACAAAAUGUUAAUUGUUUAGGAACGUAGAGCAACUUUAAUAUUAACGGCGCAAAUAUUAGACAAGUGUACAAGCUGGUGAAUAUAAAAGACUGCUGCAAUGGUGAUGAAGUACUCUCAUAUAUUUAUUGGUUUUAUUUGUACCUCAAUAUACAUAAAAUCAAAAGCUACUCGAUAGUCUACAAUGGAACAUUUAGGUCAGGAUUUAUGGUUGUUUUGUAGAAAUAUGGUCUCAUUUCUAUUUCGCCUAAGUUGCCCUGUUAUAGUUCGUUGUUCAUUAGAUUCCCCUUUUGUCUUCAACCCUGUGUCUCAUGUUUACGUCUUUCAGUGUUUCCUGUUUUAUUUUGAAGAGUCAGCUGUCUCCAUGUUCAAUGUGUUUUGUUUUACUUCCCCUGUGGUGUCAUUAUGUUCCUUUGUGUCAGCUGUUUCCCCACUUCCCUCAUUAGCCUCCUCUGUGCCUUCAUUCAGUCUUUGUCGGGUUGUCUGUGUUACUUUCACGAUGUCAUGUCACGCCAAGGUAUUUCAUGAUUCAGCUCAGGUCAUGCUCACGUUCCAUGUUCCUGUUUUUUCCUCGCUUUUUGCAUGCUCCUGCCCUGAAUCAUGUUCAUGUCUUUCGUUGCAGUUGUCGUAGUUUAGUUUCUUCCAGUUUAGGUUUUAGUUUAGUUUUCGUUCCUGUUCACUUUACCGCAGGCUUGGCCAACUCCAGGCCUCGAGGGCCGGUGUCCCUCAGGUUUUAGAUGUCAUCCUGGGUCUGCACACCUGAAUCAAAUGAUUAGUUCAUAACCAGGCCUCUGGA